UCUGUCUGCAUCUGUUUUUAAAAAGUUCUAAAUAAUAUAUUAUUAAUCACGUAUGUCAUUUUACUCAGUUAGAUCCCCGAGUUGAAUGCAAAUAUUUGUUGUCUUUCUCCUUACACUUCGGUGAACUUUGACCAUUUCUGUAGAAAUGAAGGAGAGCGAAACAGAAGACAUUAUUAACUGCAUCCGGAACUCAAUUGAGGUACUCAUUUUGAAUAUUGCUGGAUCCAAAUUCGCCUGUUUACAAUAUGCCCUAAAAGUAUGUACUAUAUUUGUGAAGGACAAAGUUCAUUCUUUUGAGUGUGAGCAGACCCAGAUAGCAACUUUGUGUCGGCCCACAUCUGGCACAUGGAAUGAUGAUCUGGGCCACAUGCAGUGGGAAUGAAGGCACUUGGGCAGACUGCUCCUGUUUGCCAGAUGAUUGCUGCUUGCAGAAUUAGUCAAACAAUUCAGCCCAACAUUAAUCAGCCUUGACAAAGAUGAUGCCUGCUCUGCCCAAAUAAUUAACUGCUCGCCGUCAAACAUUUCGAAAACAUUCUUACUCCCCUGAAAGAUGUGCGCACAUCUGUCUCCUCAGUGCCAUCACAAGCCCCUUCUGGCAACUCCUAACACUUGAGACACCUCUCGAGCUUUUCUUAAAUAACUGGGAGAGUAAUAGGGAUUUUAGCUUAAGAAAUUUGAUAACUUGCUUUUACACUUACGUUUGAAAGUAGGAUUCAAUUUCAUGAAUUCUCAGCACUUAAGACAAAAAUGGCACUUUGAGAAACUUGAUAAAUACGGGCCCUGGGGCCAUACUCACAAGUCAUCUUAAGGCUAAAAGCAGCUCCUAACUUGCUGAUUUAGGAGAAACUCUUAAAAAUAAUGGGUGUGUUAUUCCUUUUUUAGGACUCCAAAUUUUUUGCUCUACUGCUUAUUGUAACCCAUGGCUCACUGCAAAAUGUUACUCUAUCUACAUUUUUGCAAAACCUUUCCUUGCACACAAUAUUACGACCUCAAAGCACUUUUUCAUAGUGCAUGACGUGCAAGCAAAUUGAUUUUAAUAUUUCCACUAUAUACGUAACUCUUUAUACGUUUUUUUCUUUUUUUCUGAUGCAACAAAAUUGCUUUGCUCAUUGGUACAGCAGUGCACUUGUGAUGCAGAGAUACUCGGGUAGUAUUCCUGUGCAACUCCACUAAUGAGCUCAAAUGUGUGAUUUUUUUAAAAAUUUAUUUAUUUAUGCAAUGGUCGUUUUGAAACUGAUAAUAUAAGUCAUUUUAAACCUAUAUGAAAAAAACUGUAGUAUGAUUUCAAACAGUAUGUAUGUAUGGCUACAAAAAUGUAAUGGAUGAUGAGUCCAGAUAUAUAAUAGAGAAGAGUAAUAUUUUUUUAAUGUCGUAACACGAAUGUUUCAUUUUGUUUUCCUUGAGGAUGAUACGCAGCAUUUUCUGCAUGGCCUCUAGGUGGCAGUGCUUAAUAAUACAAUAAUCAGCCCUAAACAGCCCCUUAGUAACUGUGCACAUUAUUUUUCAAUAAAUAUUCAUGUUUUGGUUAUUUGUUAUUUAUUAUAAUAUUAUCAGUAUCUUACAAUAAAAGAACUGUUUAAAUGUUGCUCUUAAUUUGAGCAAUAAUUAUUCCUUGAAAAAAUAUAUAGCAAGAAAAGAAUCGCAGUAAUUAAAGAGUAUUUUGCAUUUGUUAAUUUAGCAGAUGCAUUUAUCCAAAAAAACUUAUAAAUGAGGAAAAUACAAGCAAGUGUGGUGAUAGAUAUGGACACAAUUUCAGGAUCAUGUUUCAGAUUUCCUCUGAGUGUGCUACUUUAUGGCAAGCCGCUUUGACUUUUAUUCAUUCUCAGGAUAUGAAUUCUUGAUAUCAACAAUUCAGUUCUUGUUAAGUUAAACUUGAAAUUCUAAGGAAAAAUUGUAUUCAUUAUUGUUAAAUAAAGAAUGGAAAUCUAUCAGAUGAGAUGAGGUUUGAUGUGAGAUCAAAAUGAAUGAAUACUAUUGGUUAUGGACACAUAGUGCAACCUGGAAGGAACAAGGAAGCUGAUUGACCAUUGGAUCUCCACAUGUCACAUAGAACCAGGUGUGCCUGUUUGAUAAUCAGUGUGCAGAGGAUCUCUGCUGGCAGUGAAUGCGCUUCUUUUACCCAAGUUGGUGCUAAUACUGGUUAUAAAACCAAAGGAGAAGGGUUGCUAAAGCAUGCAUGGAUAUAGCCACUGAGUUUGGAAGAAACCACAUGCUGAGUUUGGUCAAAGACAGUUGGGAAAAGCCACAAUGUGUUCAUCAACUUUGAGACGCUACUGGUUAUUAAGCUAAACAUCUGACUAAGCAUCUGAGUUAAACAUCUGAAUUAACCUGUGAAGAAAAGCAAAUAAGGAUCAAGUUGUUACUGAAAAUAAAUUGCUUCGAUGAUAAAGGAUGUUUUGAGUUAUUCCAUGCGCACUCAAGAGUUGACUGUCAAGUUAGGGCAAACAUUGUGGCAGAGAAGAAUCCCUACAUAACUUGACACUUAAUAACCAAGCUUGUGGAUCAGAAGAUUAAAGGCUUCUGAUGGUCCAGAAAACAAAGCUGGCGCAAGGGACAAGAAUUAACAUUGUUAAUAUAAGUCAUCAGUGAAUUAAUUGAGCUGUUUAAAGACGACAUAUCGUUUGACUUGAGGAAAAAAAAGAUGGCAGAAGAAGCCUUGGGGAAAACGGUGGACCAACUUAAAAGAGAGAGAACCACUGCAAAGAUGUGUUUUACCAAGCAACUAAACCUUUUUAUUCGGCAGUCAAGCCAAAUGAUUGAAUCUGAACUCGGGAAGGAGUUCCAGAAACUCUCUUGUAGUGCAAGAGCACUUUUUGAUGCAAAUGAUGACUAUAAGAUGGGAUUGUUUGCAGAGCAGGGAGCUGAUGCAAAGAGUGCUGAGAGAGUGGAGCUUGAAAUGCAGCAGGCAGCGGAUAUUGAGAAAACUGUAAGUGACUGAGAGACAAAGCUUGAAGAGGUGCGGAAAAUGGUCCAAAUUAACUUGUGGCAAAGAUAUGGCCAAGAGGAAUUGACUGCUGCAAUAGAUGAAGCUGAGAAAGCUUGUGAUCAUUCUGCUUCAAUACCUGUUGCUGGUGUCAAUUGUGAAGGAUAUGAAGUUCAACUAAUUCAUUUAGAAAGGCUUGUGAACAGAGCAGUCAAAACUCUAUCCAGCUGGGAGUGAUGGAUUCCUAGAAUGGAGAAGAAGGACUUUGAGAGAAGAGUAAAGCAGUUAAAAGUACAAAAUAAUGGACUUGUUUCAAGAAACAGUGAAUUUAUUACUGCACGUAAUGUUGAAAGACGUUCUCAACUUGCAAGUCCUGUAAGCCCAAACACAGCUCUCCAAACUAUGCCGAUCACACCAGUUGUGAGAAUAAAACCAACUAGUUUGCCUAAAUUUAGUGGUAUCAAGAGAGAUUUCUUUCACUGGAAGAAGGAUUGGGAAAGUUUGCAGAAACAAGGAGAACCAACUGGAUCAGUAGAGGUCAAGAAAAUCCAGCUCCUAGACAGCUUGGACGACAGAAUUGUUAAGGAUCUGAGGCUAUCAAGUUACAGCACUGCUGAGGAUGUGUUUAGAGUGCUGGAGAAUCGAUAUGGCAACAAGGUAACAAUUGCCAUGGAAAUUAUUGAAGAACUGGAGAGAAUUCCUGCUGUAAAGGGCAAUCAACUCAGAAAAGUGAUAGAAUUGAUCCAGACUGUUGAAAAAGCUUUAUCCGACCUGACAGAUCUGGGGAACACUGGUGCAAUAAAGAACCCUCUCGUUAUCAAGUCUAUUGAGAGUAAACUGCCCGAAUUUGUAAAAAUAGACUGGCUUAUCUUCAUGAUUGACCCUCAUAAUGGUGUAACUUCAGGGAAUCACUUUGACCUCCUGUUGAAGUUUUUAAAGAAACAGGAAGACAUUCUUGAGAAACUUGAACAGCUCAGAAUCACAGACAAGGUAGAAAGACCAGAUAAAGCAGAAAAUAGAUUUGAAAGGAGGUAUGCAUCUACAAGAACCACAAAGAAAGAUUCUGAUGGUGGUUGUACUGUGUGUGGAGCUUUAAAUCAUAAAGACAAGAUUUUCUUCUGUAAGAAGUUUAAGGAGCUAAAGCUAGCUGAGAAGAAAGCUGCUCUGAGAAAGAUUGGGGCAUGCAAAAAAUGCCUUGGAUGUCAUGAGGGUGACCGCAACUGCAGAGACACAUUCUUGUGUAAAAAUAGGGACUGCAGAAGAGAAAAUGCACCUGAUCAUCAUUAUUUUCUCUGUCCAAGACGAGAAUCCACAAGUGGCAGUGAGAAAAGGCCUCUAAAAGACAGUAGAAAGGUAAAUGUGCUAACCGCAGAACAAGAGGAGGUUUUAGCUGAACUUUCCCCAGAGCUGGCUGAGCGAUGUAGAAAUGCUUUUGACAACAAAGCCGCAGUAGUAACUGGCACUGGAAAAACCCAAGUUGGACUUUUACAGGAAAGUAGAGUGCAAGAACUACCUGUCAUGAUGAUGCUCAUGAAAGUUACAGCUAAUGCAGGGCAGAAGAUUGGAACUUUAGUAGACCUUGCAUCAGAUACCAACUAUAACCCACAAGGCUGCAGAAAGGUUGAGGUUAAGGAGCGAAGAUGUCACUUUGGUAGUGCAUGGAGUUGCUGGAAUGACCAUCAAGGUGAAAACCAAGCGAUAUCUUCUUAGAGUCAGAGUCAAGACUGAUGAGGACAAAGAAAGAGCGCACGAGCUUCUGUUAUGGCUUGG